GCCAGCACAUGGUCUUGUACAUGCACAUUUGCUGCGUUUGAAAAAUGACUCGCUUAACUGCCGUUGGCUACAUUAAUGGGAAAUGUUCCAAUGCAGCGAAUUAUCCAUAAAUCUCACCAGCAGGUACCAAUGAACGACAUUGUUUCGUUUUAAUGGUCGCGCUAGUAUUUCUCUAUAGCGACACCGCAGUGGGCACAUAUAUCCUGUAGUGCAACGUCUGGAUGUGUAAAGUGAAGUGCUGCCUAGAGAAGAAAGAGUUUGGAAUGAUUUUGAUUGUAACUUGGUAACUGAAUGGAAAUUUUAAGUAAUAACGGCCACACAAAAUAAAUGCGGCCUUUAACGUAAUUUAAAAUCAGCUUGCCGCGGAUGUACAUUUUAGUGCCCGUUUAAUGUGCCGAGUACCAUAUAAAUGGAACAGCAAUGUACAUGCGUGCGGGCAUCGGAAUGCAGCUUGGUUUAUACGGCUCCAUCCUGGGCUGUCAGGACGAAAAGAUUUGAAAUCAUCGAAUGCCCUAUUCAUGAAACAGACUUUGCCGUAAUGAGGAAUCUGGCAUUCCAUUUUGUAAUUGACUUGAACGCUCAAGUUUCUUUCGUUAUUGUGAAGAUUUACAGUAAUGUCAAGUGAAUGUACAAGGUUAACCCCACUCUGAAACUCGAUGUACCUUAUCCUCUCCAGCGAACCACCCUCGGCGCAUGUCAAAGCACACUCACUUGGGUAGCAUAAUGGAUCAGAACCAGCCCUGGAGUGGGGUCCAUCCCCACUUGUCCCCACUCCCGUCAGUCCCCGGGGUCAUUGGUGCACAUCCGCGCAAGCAGUUGGGAAAUAAGACACCAAUAUAGCAGUUGCCAACUUAUGAAAGUGUUUCUGUGGGACUGAACAACCCUUGUGAAGUGCAGUAUGCUGAAUUUAUUUUGCGCAGAAUUCCAUGUCACAGUUUAUUUGACGAUUGGCAACAGGAUGCUGUUUGAGCGAUGCUUUCUAAACCACUGUUGGGACCAUUAAAAUCCCCCCACACUGUGACACUCUGGAAACACCAUGUAAACGUUGCAUCCUAUAUUUUACUACAUGCAGCAUUCCCACGUAUGGUCAACGCCGUAUUUUUACGUGCAACCUUAUAAUUGCCAUAACCUUAACGUGCCAUAAUAACGUGCCAUUAACCUUAUAAUUGUUAAAAUAACUGUGGCAUUCGCACGAAUUUGAACAAUACCUACGUCCAAGCGGCACGUGGGGUUCUUACAAACCUUUUUGUAGAGUAAGUUACACUUAGGCCCAGUGAAAGAAACCUGUCACCUAACUUUCUGCUUGUUCCCUACAUGGCUGUCCGCCGUCGUAUUUCCACGUAAGUACGGAGUCCAACGGACUGUGGACUUCAGAAUCAUUCCUGCUGAGCUGGCUGUUCUGCUCAAACUUGUCGCGUUCAUUUUCUUUCACAUCCUUUGCUUCUUUAAUUUUAACUCCUCCAACAGUGAGACGUGGUUCAAAUAAGCGUAAAGCACGACGUUGCUCGUGCUCCAUGAGGCCAGCUGCACCGAGCAACAAGGGAGAGGAACAAGGUCAGAAGGCAUCCAAAGAAAACGAUCCAGGUCAUGCUCAACAGCGGAGACAAAAGGACCAUGAGUUCAUCUUGCGCGAGAAUGUAGACGUAGUGGACGACACGGACUCCCUGGACGACUGUCCGAGUGGUCGGGGUCGUGCGACGUCCUCUUCCGCAAAAAAGCAUAAGCUAAAACAUUUAGACCGGACGCCGCUGAGCCUCUCCUUCUUCGACGAAGAUGACAAAGCCCCUUCAACUCGUCUGCUUGACUUGAAAGGCGACUUAGUUGGCCACAAGUCGGAUUGGAAGGUGAAUGAGCUGCGCCUCCACCUCUCUGGGAAGCUGCAAAGUGGAGUGAGGCCCCUAAGUGAUGGAUCACCAGCUAGAGAACGCUUGCGGACAGAUAGCGAAGCAUCACCUGACAGCCCUGCGCCAUCCAUACAUGAUGAUGAUGUCCCUAUAGAGAAUGAUUUCAGUCACGAUGGGUCUUGUCUGCAAGAAAUGUGCAGUGAGAUGCCCGUCAUGCCCUGUGACAAUGUGGGAGCCUUUGAGGAGUGCCCUUCAGAGUGUGAAGAACCUGUGCCUGCAGUCCCUGUUCCUAAGAAGAGCACUAGCAUUGUCCGCAAGGUCAAGCCGGAGAGGGUCAGAAAUGAGUGUAUGUUGGUUGUAAAGAAGCUGGCUGAUGUCAUGGCGGAGCAUCCCGAGCUUAAAAAGCCCAUCCGUGUCAAGAUCCGUGCACGCCGGCCCAACACUACAGAGAUUACUGAAACAAUCAUUCAGCUCCCUGUGGCAGACUACUGUCGCGAAGAAUUAAUGCCAUACACGUCGCGAUUCAUCACGAAAAAAGAUAAAGUCACACCAGGAACUGAGGACCUCCUUAUCCAGGCAGUGAAGAGAAAGCGUGAGCUGGAACAGCAGAAGAUGAAAGAAAAUCAGCUGGAAGAGGAAAGUAAACAAGCUGAAAAUGAGGACUUGGAAGAUUCCCAUGGUGCUGAUGGUGACCAUGAUGAAGGCUUCGAGGAGGACCUGCCAGAUUUCCUGGAGAAUGACUUUCUGUCACGAGAUGCCUGCGCUUUAAGGCCCAGUGGAGACACAGUGAGAGCUGUGGAUGCUCCAGAAGGUGAAGGUGGUGAGCCUACCUAUGAAGACGUGGUGAGGGCACGCAUCAAGGAGUUCCACUCGACGGAUUUCAAAGUGUCAGAACUUCAGAAGAGGGUGCAAGAGUGGGAAGCCAAGAUACGACCCAUCCUUGAGGAGGAGGAAGAGACGAGGGAGGUGUUUGACAUACGUACAUACAGUACACGACUCUUGGACAAGUUCAGCAACUCAACGUCAAAGCAGACACUAUCCUUCCAGCAUAUCUGCCAAGGUGCAAGACUCUGGGAGGUUCCACGUUACUUCACCGCUUCUUUACAGCUGGCAAACAACUACAACAUCCAGCUAACAAAGGACGGAGACCUAGAAAAGGGCAUGGACACCCUGCGCUUGACGCUUCUCUCUCGAAAACAAUAUUUCGAGGAGCUGGAAGAGUUUUCCGCCCCAUCUUCUACCACAACGCAACAAGAGCGGCGGCGCAAGCAGGCAAAGCGACAACCACUUGAGCAGGUGAGGGAUGUCAGUGAUGUCCUGGGUGACUCUCUCAGCGUGGGAUUGGAUGAGCUCUCUCAGCGACAGAAUGGUCGUGCCAACCAGUGUCGUGAUGCGCAACGGCGGACGGCUCACGCAAAAAUCAAGUCUCGUGCUGCAGCGCUGGCCAUGUUGGCGGAGGACUCGUUCGACGCGGGAGAGCUAGCAACAGUGUCAUGAUGUUUCUGGGAUGCCGGGAAGUGAAUUGAACAGUCUUUCCGGACAGCUGCAUGGUAGUUCCAGUUUGUUCUGCUACCUAUACAAAGUGGACUGUUCGCAACGGGGAUAUUAUACGUUUUAUCCGUUUUGAUGCUGUAGAUGUCCACAGCAUGCGAGUUUUCUGGAUUGGUUAUAUUAUAUACUUCAGGGUUUUAGCAUUUUUGUAUUAUGGCGAGCAAAAUUUUUAGCAUUCUGAGAGAUUUAAUGUUGGAAUUUUUAGAUAUUACAUUUUUUUUUUAUAUGUCUCAAACGAGAGUCCCAUCGUCCAGUAUGUCUUGACCAUUUGAUAUUAUACAGCUCGCUCAAGUUUCUAUUUUCGUGUAAAUACCUCCUAGCAGCGGGUGUUCUAACAAAUCCAAACACGCUGUGUGUGCCUUUCAUAACUUCGUGUGUAUGUACAAAGUUAUGUAAAUCAGUGAAGCAUGCACUUCAUACAUGCGCGAGGUUAGUUGCAGAACCAAAAUGUAUCUGGGACACAGUUUUGAUGUGUUCCCAGUAGUCUUCAUCUCUCCUUGGUUACUGGAUGUCCAUAAGUUAUUGCUUUUGUAAACUAAAUGGUACAGUGUCUCGAGAAGAUAUUUUUAUGCGUCCUUUUUGCACAUUUCUUGUAAUUAUCUCCAUGCUGUUCAUUGUCAUUAUUGUAUCACUAAUUACAUUUUAUGAGUACAACUUAAUUCUCGUGGGUUGGUUGUUUGUGCUUUUUCUAAGCACACUAUAGACAGAAAAAACAUCGAGAGUCUAUAAGCCACGUGAAAAGAGCGAAGAAUAUCGACGACAGUGCAACGACGCACAAUCAUAAAAAUCCCAAGAUUGACCCUAACAAUGAGAGAAGCUCCUGCCUUCUUCCGUUGAAAUGCGUAGCAGCCGAUCAGACAUUGUGAUGCUUAAGCGUAAGUUUUGUUUUAUUUAUUUCUUCGCUUAAUUUUUUUUGCUCAUUGGGCUCAUCUAAUACUUGGUUUCCGCGUUACACCCGGUUAUUACGCAUGAAAUUGUUGGAGAACAAGCUCAGUAAGAACACCAAACUUUUCUCCAAAAAUGUAUUUUGUCAUUGCAUUUAGUUUUUUUUAAUGCAAAAUUUCGGUGCAGAAUAUUACAGCAUUUUGCAACGUGGUAGCUUAUAUGUUCGUCAACAUCAUGUAACGAAGCUCUUUUUUUUUCUCCUCUCAUAGUGGCAGUACUGUGAUUUCUGGCAUACUGCGUCUUUGUUGUACUGCUCGCGACACGGUUCAUUGGGUCCGCAGUUUGUAUUUCCUCGAUUGCCCACCAAAAUGAUGCCCCAGUAUCGUAUUUAAAAGUGGACCACAUCCCGCGGAUGUUUACUAAAAAUAAAUGAUGUUGCAACGUCUGAAGAUUUGGUAUGGAAUAAAAUGUGGAUCACUAAUUUUAAGGGGCACUAAAAUGCAAAAACGAGUUCACUUCAAAUCAUGUUCCACGCUAUGUUAAUUUCGAACUUAUCGUAAUUCGAAACCUUUAUUGGAUUCUGAAGCUACAAUCUUUCUUGCUUGGGCGCUAAGCAGUGAACAUGGUUUCAACUCGUGCAUCUGUGUUUUUUAGUCCAUGCUGCGCGUGCCACAGCAAGAAACAGUCCUGGCGAAAAACAUAGCGUCACUGUCCGAACGACACGAAAAUAAAUGUGGAACUGUUGUAGGCUACAAUUUAGUGAGUCGGUAUUGAGAAAUGAAGCAGUGAUCUGAGCAGAACACUACGAUUGGACCCGUUCCAAAUCCCCACGAUACGUAAGCGCACACUUCUGCUGCUGUCUCAUUGGAUGCCGCCGAAGACGGCUCUGUUUUCAUUGCAUUUUUCUUAUAAACGGUAGCGCAGUAUCAACUAAUUUUUCUUGUAUUACACUAAUUGAAACUUUCAUUUGAGAGCGAGUUGUUUUUGCAUUUUAGUGCCUCUUUAAGACAGACCACCCACAAAUGCAUUUUGGAGUAGCCAGUCCUGACUGGGUUGGGACUAACUUCUUCAUAUUUUUCUUUCACAACGAAUCCAAUCAGACAACCGUGUCGUGAGCAGUACAAUGGAAUUGGGCCCCCCUUCUGGGUGUACGCAGUAUUUUCUGUCCUAACAACAAGUUUUGAUUCGUAGGUUAUUGAUACAAUCCUUGCCCAUUAUACCAGCAACUCGGUGGAAGGGUACAACACACUGUCUUCCAUGAAAGAUGUUAAAUACGAUGCAGCAAGAACCUUCAGGUGGGCAAACUUAAUCAACGAGCUGACCAUGAUCACAGUUGUCUCGUGACAUAAAGCUACAAAUUAUUAUGGCACGAUAAUUAAUCUCAACACUAUGCUUCCUUGUGAAUGAGCUUGUAUGUGUUACAUGUAGAGCCUCAAGUUUUCGGGAAAUAUUUUUUCUAAAUGGGGGGUGGGUGGGAGGUAAAACUUAAGUAAGUAAACAUGUGUUCUAGAUUCGUGCGAAUUAGGGUGAAAAAACUUGCUAUAUGCUGAAUUUGAGGAUAAAUCGAGCUCAGUUACUCAAACUAACUGUACUGGUUUGGUACAAAAGGUGACGUAACUGCAUUUGCUGUGAAACAAGUUAAUAUGCCCCAGUGGCGGCAAUUUGCCGGGUAAAAAUCGGUUUCAUCCUAAAGCGGCAACCUUCAAUCCGGGGAAGAAUCUGGUUAAACCCUAAAACUUAAGGCUCCAGUUAUACAUGGUACUACUGUGAGCUUUAUGAAAGGGAACGUGCAAGGGCAUAGGAGAUAACUUCCUCUGCGGCACCCCCACCAGGUCGUAAUAGUGUAUCUCUCCAUUAUCAGUUGUGACGGCAACAGAAGAUAAUGCAGCACCCUUUCCACUUGCACACAGAAUGAGGCCACAUGCUCCAGUGUUCCCUUUUCGAAAGCUCACGAUAGUACUUUUAUUUUAAAAAUGGAGUUUUCAGUGGGUUCGCAUUAUCGUCUGGACAGUAAAUAACUGGAGGAACCACA